AUGAUCAACUACCCCGACGUAGCAGCAUUCGACCUAGACUACACCCUCUGGCCCUGUUUCUGCGACACCCACCUCACCCCCCCGUUCACCCCCGUCAAACUCCCCUCUGGCGAGGUCCAAACCAUCAUCGACUCCUGCGGCCGCCAAAUCUCACUUUACCCGGACAUCCCGGACAUCCUGUCCGAUCUCAAAACCCACGGCACACUCAUCGUCUCCGCGUCCCGCACAUGGGCCCCGGACAUCGCCAAACAGAUGCUCGCCUGCUACAAAAUACGAACCCGCCCAGACGGCCCCCCCAUCCCGCUGCUACAAAUAUUCGACGCCCUGAGCUGGGGCGACCAUCCCAAGAUUAACCACAUCCGUGAUGCUCUGCGCACUAUCCACGACAACACCAACAACAACCCACACGGAACCGCCAACCCGGCCCACAGCCUGGCGCACCGCGACCUCUCGGAUAUCAGAUCCCUAAAAAUAUGUCUAUUCGACGACGAACCCAGGAACCGAGAUGUAGAAGCCCACGGAGUUUCUUAUGUGCACGUGCGAGACCGCAAACGCGGUACAACCUGGGAUCUCUACCAAGCUUUCUUGGCCGCAGCCUAA